CCGCCAAUAAAUCCAAGGAGAAAGAAGAAGAUGCAGUGAGGAAGUGGUAGUGCUGGCUGGAAACUAGACAGUACAGCUGCAAGUAUUUGCGGUCUAUAACGCUCUAUUUUGCGUAAACCAAUCUUUACUAUCGUGUCCAAAAUGUCUAAAAAUACAGUCUCCGACCGGUUUAGAAAAGUAGACGUUGAUGAAUACGACGAGAACAAGUUUGUGGACGAGGAAGACGGAGGAGAGAACCAGGGUGGUCCAGACGAAGCAGAAGUAGACGCUUUGCUCAGACAGGGCAACAUGAACGCAGCUCUCCAUGCCGUGCUAAAGAAUCCUCCAAUCAACACCAAGAACCAGAAUGCCAAGGAUCGAGCAGAGCUACUGGUGGUCAGAGUGCUGAACAGUUUUAAGAGUAGUGACAUAGAGAAGGCUGUGGGGUCACUGGACAGAGCUGGAGUGGACCUGCUGAUGAAAUACAUCUACAGAGGCUUUGAGAACCCCUCUGACAACAGCAGUGCUGUGCUGCUGCAGUGGCAUGAAAAGGCUCUGGUGGUGGGAGGAGUGGGCUCUAUAGUUAGAGUCCUGACUGCCAGGAAGACCAUCUGAUCCUCCCAGAACACACAGAGUCCAUCUGUUAACAGACGUUAGUCUGGACAAACACAAGAUCACCGGAGCCGAGUAUCGGGACAAGCCUCUGCUUUUUCUGUUUUCGGACAUGAUUCCCAUUUAUUUUUAUACUGAAGCUCAGUGUCUUCCUGAUGCAGUUCUUUCCUCUUUUUUUUUUUUUUUUCUGCAUUCACUAUUUUCAAUCCACGUUUGGGAUUUAGAAGUGCUGGCAGUCAGUUAGGCAGGUGCUGGCACCUCAAAAUGCCUGAGUUUGCCAGCCAUGCAGAGAGAACAGACACAUUUCAGAUGCUUCACUCAGACAUAUCCUCUCCAAAGCAGCUCCACGCUCCUUUAAACUGCUUCACAGCUGCUCUGAUACCUCUGCUGGCUCACUGUACCAUCUCUCCUCCUCCACUCUACUUCUUUCCUCCUCCUCCUCCUCCUCUGCAGCGUCUGUGUCACCAGUUUGAGGAAAUGGAAAAGAUUGUUUUUGGAUGGACCAGUCAUAGACUGGUGAGCUGUCCAGGGUGUUUCCCUGCCUUUUGCCCAGUGCAGGCUGGGAUUGGAGUUAUUUUUUCCCCUUAUCAUUCUAACUUUGUAAUAAUACUUUUUUUUCUACUUACACCACAUUGUUGCAUGUAGCCUGGCAUUCAGGUUAUACUGCUGAAAUUUAUUUUUAUUUUUGUAAUGUGAAAUGAACAACAAAAAUAAAAGUGAAAGAAUAAACCUGAAUAUCUGAUUACUUUCCAAUCUUACUUUAAAAAAACAGGGCUCAAAUAAGCUUUUUGUGUUUAUUUAAGGCAAUGAAUGUAACCUUUCCUUAUUUUCUCAUACUGUUAGCUUAUGUCAGCUUAUGUCUAAAAUGUAUUAAAACCAUAAGAAAAUGUCAUGCCAAAGCUAUCAGUUAGGCACAUUUGUGGAAAUAUGUUUACUGAAAGGUGAAGUCUACAGGAGUCUUCUGAGCUGACUGACCUGCUGUAGUUUAAUACAGGACAUUCAACUGUGGGGCUACAAGUCUGACAUUCAGGAUUUGUCCUUUAACUCGCACAUAAAACAAACUUCAAGGACUGCCUUUAUUUUACCUACAUAACAUUGAAAAAUCAGGCAAAAAUGAUGCAGGAAAAACUAGUCCUUGCAUUUGUUACUUCUAGGUCCUUUAAAUCUCUCCAGUCGAUUGAGAAUGCAGAUUUCUCUAAUAUUAGCUUCUCUGCACUGGCUCCCUGUAAACUCCUCCUCACCUACAAAGCUCUUAAUGGUCAGACACCACAAAAAGCUCAUAGUACCCGAUUAGAACACUGCGCUCCCAGAACACGGGUUACCUGUGGUUCCUAGAGUCUCCAAAAGUAGAAUGGGAGCCAGAGCCUUCAGUUAUCAGGCUCCUCUCCUGUGGAAUCAGGUCCCAGUUUGGGUUCCGGAGGCAGACACCAUCUCCACAUUUAAGAGUAGGCUUAAGAUUUUCCACGUUGAUAAAGCUUAUAGUUAGGGCUGGCUUGGAUGAGUCCUGAACCAUCCCUUAGUUAUGCUGCUAUAGGCCUAGACUGCCAGGAGACUUCCCAUGAUGCACCUCUCUCCCUGUCUGGAUCUAUGAUUGUGGGCCUCCAACUGCUCCCAUGUUCCUGCUUGACAACCGCUACUACAAUUAUUAUCAUUACUAUUUUAUUAAUAUUACCACUACCAUUACGAUAUUAUUUAAAAAUUCUAUGUGAAAUUUGUAUUGUGCUACUGUAUGCUCUCUUACCUUCUGCUCACUCUCUCUCUCUCUACCCAACCGGCAAUGGCAGAUGGCCGACCGCCCACCCUGAGUCUGGUUCUGCUCAUGGUUUCUGCCUCUUAAAAGGAAGUUUUUCCUUGCCCCUGUCGCCAAAGUGCUUGCACUUGGUGGGAAUUGUUGGGUCUCUGUAAAUCUCUGAGUACAGUCUAGACCUGCUCUAUAGGAAAAGUGCAAUGAGGUAACUUCUGUUAUGAAUUGGCGCUAAAUAAAUAAAAUUUAAUUGAAUUGACAUACUGCCCUAUAGAAAAACAUGUCAUGUCUGUGGGAGGAAUAAAACAAGUUCAUACUCUUGUUUCAUAAUAAGAUAACUUUUGUUGUAGGGCACAUUAAACUUAUGCACCCACAUUAACAAUAAUACAUUCAUUCAUUCACUUAUAACUGCUUUAUUGUCAUGACAGCAGAAAAAAGCCUACUGUAUGUUAAGAAAAAAAGAUGCUAAACAGCUGGAUACUAAUACAUAAAAAGACAGUAGUGUUACCACUAAUUUAAACCAAUUUCAAUGACAAAAUCUUCCACUAUAACAUAACUGAUCAGGGACCACUCUCAAAACAAAACCCAUACAUGUGUUUUAAUGAUUCCCAUCUAGGCUUUGUAUUUUAAUCAUCAAAUCUUGUCUUGUGUGUCUAUGUGGUGUACUUUGUACACAAAUCAUCUGCAACUGUGGUGGUAGUUGAGGUGGUCUUAGAUGCUGAGAGCUCUAUACACUAUAAUAUUGAAUCCUUGCCCAGUCCUGCAUAGGAUGGAGUUCUGUGAACAAAGGAAUUAUCAAAGGUUCCUCUAUAGAACACACUAAUUAAGAAACUAAUGGGAACUCUGAAUUAAUUAACUUUUGCUUUCAGCACCACAACUUCAGAUAGUUCAUUUAAUCCACUUUUACUCUACAGCUAACAACUAUUAUUUUUGUUCUUUAUCCAACUUGACAAUUUCUCUACUCAUUGUGUCAGAAGUCAGUUUCAUAUGGAAUGGUAGAAGUGAGACAUAUGAAAUAUAGAUUUGAAUUAUUUUAUACUAAUAGGUGAUAGAGAGUAAAUGACAAGAAUCUAUUACCCCACCCAAGAUGCGAUUUGUAAACCAGACAAUGAAAACAGCAACGGCACUGUGUUCUAUGUUGAACACAGAGAUUUAGGUUUAUUGUCCAAACAGAAAGAUGCAGUAUACAGGUUCCACACACAGACAGCUAAUCAGACACACGGUACAAAAUGAGACAGGAGUGAAGCUGUUUUUACUGAGUUGUGACUCGAGCAGUUGACUUACACCUCUGACACUUCUAUCAGGGCAGUUUAGUUUGUGAAACCUGCCGCUUUCUUUCCUAAAGCUAGAAAUCUGAUAAAAUCCUUUAAUUUGUGGUGCCCCUCAUAGGUUACGAAAGUCAGCUACACUGACAUUACGUUUAUCAACUUACUAUUUUUUUUUUUUUUUUUUUUUUUUUAAAUAGAGA